AUGAUUCGGGAAAAAGUUCUAGGUAUGGGGAUCGACUCUGCGACUCUUCUAGUUAAGGACACAGAAUCUAACGAUACACUCCGCAUUCUUCGUAGGGUUAGCUUGCUUGGAUGCUCAGACGAGGAUGUAAGCACCGCUGCCGAGGUUUAUCACAAACUUCAAAAACUCAAAUUUCCUGGUAUCGUGACUAUUCACACUGUUUUGGUUCAAGGCUCCUUUUUAAGUGUCGUGGCGGACUUUUGUGUGUGUGGGGACUUGAAUGCAUACUUAGAAGAUAAUCUAAGAGAUCUAUUACCCGAAAAUCAAGUGAUACAGUGGUUGCUUUCGAUAUCACUUGUCCUACAAUCGCUUCAUCGCGAUGCUCAUUAUCCUUUCUACGGACUAUCACUGGAACGGCUUUUCCUUGGCAAUACGGGAAACAUACUAUUAGGCCUCCCCUUACCACCCUUUUUAUACUUCAAGCAGAUAACGGAUCGUAAAAAUGAAAGGGUAAUGCUUGAAAAGGAGUAUCCACCUGAAGCACUUCAAAUGAGGUGGUAUCACCCUAACCUAAGCGAUGUAUGGCAUCUCGGGCUCAUUGCGCAGAAGUUGCUCUCAGCACAAACUCAAUUUUCCUUGCGGUCUAGCGUAAUGCAGCAGCUGGUUCUGAAAAUGAUGGAACCAGACUUGGGGAAACGGAUGUCAUUGGGUGAAGUGAUUAAAUCGCUACAAAACAUCAUUGAUGGUACUAAAUUAUAUGGCUAUCCACCACUCGAUCUAAAUAAACCUCUACAUGUGAAUCGGGUUGUGGUUCCUGACAAGGUAAUUUCGUCAACGCUAAUGCAAGCUCUUGCACCGGAUGUGCGAGAAACUACAUCAACCAACAAAGCGCAUCCUUGGGCACCUCACGUUCUCAAAAGCGCUUCCUCAUCUAGAGUGUUUACUCCUCCUGCAGGGGAGUGUAAAGGCGCUGGGCGGUUGAGGCAAAUCCAUAGCGCUCUUUUCACUGUUCCUUCAGCUGCAAAAGUUAGUCAAGAUAUCGACGAUCUUGACGACAUUAAUAACGUCGUUGCUCAUCACGAAAAUGCGCCCAGCUCUCAGAACAAUUGGCACCGCAAGGCGUUGAAGCAGUUUGAGGAGUUACAGCGAUUAAACACAAUUUCGCCAGGUCGUAUGCGCAAUUACGCGGGACUGCAAAAUGGUGCGACAGGUCGUAUCCGCCGAGGUCUGACAAUGCAUCCGAUUAAUACUAACCGAGGUUAUGAUCCCACAAAAGAAUUUGAUCCAUUUAUUAAGGAGUCUUUUAUUUCAGAUGAUGUAGAUAAUCUUGCUAGACAAAAGAAUAUCCGAAAACAUAUCAAAGAUUGGAACCAGAAACGUAUUGAGGCAAUUGCUCUAAACGCCAACCAGCAUAAUAAUCUAGUGGUAACGGAUCGUUCUAGCGUGGUGAUUGUUGCCCCACGUCCAACAGGACCCCCUCCUUCCCCAAAAGACCGGCUCACGAAAAAAGCAGCUCCGAACCCACAAAUGGUGGGUGUAAAAAUACCUAAUCCAACGUUUAGAGCUGGAGACGGUAAUCCUAACGUACCGGUGGAUGCCACGAUGGCAAAAAUUUCACCCCUCACAAACGCAUCCCCGGUUCAUGAAGCCGAUGUCGGGUCACCUCGACAGGGCGACCAAGUCCAACCACAUCAACCGACCUUAUCCAGUGUACAACCGGAUAGCCUAAUCCUGCACACGCCCUCUACGAUUUCGUCCUCUAGCGUGGCCAAGCCGCCUCCGCGUGAGCCGCCGCGACGGAUGGGAGCGAUGCCCACCAAUGGGGAGCGUCUCCGGAGCCCCCCAGCCGUUCCGUUGAGUCGUGCCGAUUCCUCGCACCUCACCAAGGCCUCCGUGCAGUCCUCCAUCCUGGGGGUGGGAUCCCUUCAUUCCGCCUCGGAGGCCUCCUCGCGACAGCAGGACCCCCCCUCGCUUCCCGCGUUGCCAUCCCUGCUAUCCUCGGAGAUGGACCGGGAGGUUAAUCUUUCCAGCGCUAUCGCCAUGGAGACCCAGAUUCUGACAACGCUGGAAUGGACUAUGAGAGGCCUGCGCGGCGUGCUCCACGGCCUUUUGAGAGACCCUUCACUCUAUAAAGACGUCAUGACGGAGGUGUUGAGCUUUGUGUCCGGUGGACAAGAGGGCUGCCUCAACCCACAGCGCAACGAGAUCUUUUUGUAUCAACUGAAAAAAAUGAUUCCAAACGAGGCCCUCUUCAUAACGGUGGCCUCUCUAUGUGCGCAAUUUGCCUCACUUGAGAGACUCAACCAGAGUGCAAAAGGACAACGCCAUUUCUUCGGAAGUGGUAAAGAAAAAGUGGUUAAAUAA